UAACGACGGGUCCACAGAGUCAGACAAUGGCCAGCCAAGUUUCCGGCCCGACACCCUGUGGCCAAAGCCGGCGGCGAUAGCCAAUCCAGGACCGGCCCAUAUCGGCACCUUCCCUAGGAAAGAGCGGCGCCGUAUAUAAGCGGCCGGCGCCCGAGGAAGGUGCCCUCCUCCAGUCAGGGCCAGUCACCACAGGUCACCACUCCACCACCGAUCAAGUCCACCGACAUGAAACUGCUGGUGGUUCUGCUGUCGGCUUUGGCCGCCGCUUCGGCCCAAUACGGCGCCGGUGCUCUGGGCGGAAACCUUGGCGGCUUGGGCGCCAGUCUAGGCGGCCUAAGUGGAGGAAAUCUUGGCAGUUUGGGCGGCAACCUCGGACGUUUGGGCGCCAGCCUCGGAGGCAGCAGCUAUGGUGGCAGCCUUGGAGGUCUAGGCAGCAAUCUUGGAGGACUAAGCAGCAGUCUUGGAGGUCUUGGCAGUAAUCUUGGCAGCUACGGCGGCAAUCUUGGCGGUCUGAGCAGCAGUCUUGGCGGUCUGAGCAGCAGUCUCGGAGGCGGCAGCUACGGCAGCGGCGGCGGCUUCUCGGGAGCCUCGCUGGGCGGUCUCGGCCGGAGUCUGUCGGGAGCAGGCUUUGGCGGAAGUCUCGGCGGCGCCAAUCUCGGGGGCCUGGGCGCCAGUCUGGGCGCCAGCGGGCUUCGCGGGGGUUACGGGGCGUCGGGUCUGAGUGGCGCCGGUCUGGGGGGCGCCGGCGCCCUGGCGGGGCUGGGUCGCGGCGCCCUCGGCGGCUACGGUCGCCGCCGCCGCUAGUCACCUCCCCUUCCAUCAGACCCGUGGCCACUCUCCAUUUCAUUGUGUUCCCAAGAGCUGCGAGUGCUGUCGAAAUUGCACACAAAUUGCACUUAAUACAUCACCAACUGAUAAUUUGUGUGUGCA